AUGAAUAUUGAGUCAAUUCAAGUAAUAAGAUUUUAUAUUACACUUUGUACUUCAUAUGUUCUACUUAUUUUUGGUAAUAUUGGAUUUAUAUGUAAUUUUAUAACAUUUACAUCAAAACAAUUACGUCAAAAUUCUUGUGGAUGGUAUCUUUUAAUGUCAACUCUAUUCGAUUGUAGUUGUAUUAAUUUUGGUCUUUUUACUAAAUUAGCAAGUGAACAUUAUGGUAGCAAAUUACAACAUACAAAUCUUGUUUGGUGUAAAAUACGUAUAUUUCUUACAUGGAUAUUACAAUGUUUUUCAACAGGUUAUCUUAUUUUGGCUUCUAUAGAUCGAUGUUUAUCAACACCAAAAAGUCAACGUAUUCGUUCAUUUAGUCAAAUCAAAAUAGCACAUCAAAUGACAUGUAUUCCAAUUAUUUUAUAUAGUUUAACAUCUUCUCAUUUGUUAGUUUAUUUUAAUCUUCGAAAACGUUGUUCUCCAACAGCAGGAACCUAUGCUUUUUUCUUAUCAAUAUAUAGUAUUCAUCAACGUCUUAUUCAUCCAAUUAUACAAAAUCGAAAUCGAACUGAUUCACAAAUGAUUAAAAUUACAUUAGUUCAAGUAUUAUAUAGUUUUAUUUUACUUAAUAUUCGAACAAUAUACUUUUCAUAUUCAUUACUUUCAACAAAUAUUAGAAAAGAUAAUUAUCGCCAUGCUAUUGAAUCAGUAAUUUUACAAAUAUCAAGUUUUAUUUUCUAUUUCAAUUAUAGACGUUGUAUAAAUAAUAUUCAUACAGCUGAAGUUAAAUGUGUGUUAUUUGGUGUAGAUACUGGCAGUGGAGUAGCUAAUCUUUUAGACAACACAAUUACAUGGCAAUCAAAUGGUGCUGAUGACAGGUAA